AUGAUUGUUGGUGCUGACGUAUAUGGUUUAAUCCUUAACGUCGGUGUACGAAAAGGUACCGCUAAUGAGCAGGUCGCGCAAGAUACCACAUUAGGUUGGAUUCUUUCCGGUCCUGUCCCUGCGAUCUCUGAACAUAGCAAUCCUUCUUCCAACAUUUCCAUGCACCAUUGUGCAACUCUCGAAUCCGUGGAUUCUGCCAUAAGACGAUUUUGGGAAGUCGAAGAGUUACCCUCUCGAUUUCAGUUAACUCCUGCUGAAACAGUCUGUGAAAACCACUUCGUUGCAACUCAUAAGCGUACCGCAAGCGGACGAUAUUGUGUUCGUCUGCCCUUCGUCCAAGGACCUCCGAUCGACAUCGGAACCUCUUUUCCCGCGGUCGAAUGUAUGUGGCUCCGUCAAGAACGUCGCAUUCAUGCGAAUCCUUCUUUUGCCGCUGAAUAUGUUCAGUUCAUGCAGGAGUAUAAAUCACUGCAACAUAUGUCAGAAAUAAGUGACACUGACUCGACUUCAUCCCAGCAUGUUUAUAUUCCGCAUCAUGCUGUAGUGCGUGAUAAUAGUAUUACCAGUCGGCUUCGCGUUGUUUUUAACGCUUCGUAUCGAACAUCAAAUGGUACCUCGCUUAACGACCACUUGCAUAUCGGUCGCAAGCUCCAAACAGACUUACCUGCUAUAAUCCUGCGUUGGCGAUUACAUAGAUAUGUGUAUAUUGCAGAUAUCGAGAAAAUGUACCGUCAAAUCUUAGUCGAUGAUCGUGACCUUGACUAUCAACGAAUCGUCUGGCGCGCUUCUCCGACGGAACCACUCCGUCAUUUCCGUCUUCGAACAGUCACAUACGGGACUGCACCAGCUCCAUAUCUCGCGCUUCGAGUACUUCAACAACUCGCCGCGGACGAAGGGUCAAAAUAUCCGCUAGCUCUUCCUGUGUUGCAAUCCCAAGUUUAUGUUGACGAUUGUGUUUUCGGCGCCGACGAUCAACAACUCGCUAUUCAAACGCGAAAUCAGCUCAUCUCAUUAUUUAAAUGUGGUGGUUUCAACCUUCGGAAAUGGGCAAGCAACUCCCCUGCUCUUUUAUCUGAUCUUAACUCCUCUGAUAAUCUUGCUCAUAGCAAAUUACUCCAACCAGACGAAAGUUUAAAGGUCUUAGGAAUUUUAUGGGAUCCAACUUCCGAUGCAUUCUAUUUUAACAUUCAACCAGAGCCAAAUAUUCCACAAACCAAACGAGCGAUUUUAUCAACAAUAGCUAAAUUUUUUGACCUGCUCGGUUGGGUUACUCCG